UUCCCUGAGCCAGCCAACGAGAGAGCAAUGGCGCCAAAGCAGAAGGGUGGCAAUGGGCGGCAGAAGAUUGCCAUCCGGCGGAUCGAGAAGGAGAGCGCCCGACAGGUGUGCUUCUCCAAGCGGCGGCAAGGUCUGUUUAUCAAAGCCACCGAGAUGGCGGUGAUGUGCGGCGCUGAGGUAGCCAUCGUCGCCUCCUCACCCGGCGGCAAGGCCUUCUCCUUCGGCCACCCCUCCGCCGAGGCCGUCAUUGACCGCUUCCUGUCAGGGGGCGGUGCGGGAGUCCUGAGCGUCGCUAACGAUAACGAGCUGAAGAAGUUGCACCUUCAGCAUGGCGAGUUGCGCAUGUUGCUGAAGGAGGUGAAGGAGCGCAAAGAGUGCGUGGAGGAGGCCAUGGCAAAGGAGCGCGCCGCGGGGGAUCAGAUUGCGAUGUGGCUCAACCCCAAACUAUGCGACAUGGGGGAGGAGGAGAUGAUAGCCUUCGCCGCGGAGCUGAGGGUGGUGCGGGCUGCCGUCUCAGAACGCACAAACCAGGCGCUCCUGGAUGAGCAGAACAUCCACCGCAUGCUCCAGGCGCGGGCGCCGCCGCUACAGCAGCUCUUCGGUGGCAGUACCUUUGAGGUUGGUAGCAGCAGCAGCGCCAACACUGGGAUGGAGAUGCAACAGAUGCAUAUGGCGAUGCCUCCGAUGCAGGGAUUCGCUGCCGGAAUGGAUAUGCACCAUAUGCCAAUGGAGAUGCCUCCGCCACUGGGUUCGGCCUACGGGAUGGAUAUGCAGCAGAUUCUUAUGCCGACUCCUUCGCCAUCCAUGUUCGACGCCGGGAUGGAGAUGCAGCAGAUGGUUACAGUGGUGUCGCCGCAGCUAGAGUUCGCCACGGAGGCAGAGAUGCAGCAGAUGUUUAUGGCGAUGUCUCCGAUGUCAGAGUUGUCCGCCGGGAUGGAGAUGCCGCCGCCCACGGGAAUAGCCGCGGGGGUUGAGAUGGUGCAGCAGGGGCCCGGGCCGAACAUGGGCUUUCCGUACUGAGGAGAAGGAGACAAGAUCCAUACCGAGUCCGAGUCCGAGUCCGAAUCCGAGUGUCUUAAUCAGUCCGAGUGAGACUAUCCAUUGAUCCAUUGCAUGCAUGGAUGGACGCCGAUCUAUUAGUUCAUUGCCACUCUAGUUAUAUUAUUCAUCGUGCUUGAUCGAUCUACCUGGGUGCAAGAUUUGUUAUCGUAGUAUUAAUUAAAUUAAUGGCUUGUAAUCUUCGUAUCGGUGGCACUAUGACAAAAAAGUAAAGAACAAAAAUACUAUUAAGCCUUUUCUUUGGUUCUCUCUGCUGGCAACAACACAAGAAUGAAAUGUGAUGUAGUCGUGAAUCUUGACCACUCCAAAAAAGAACAAUUUAUAUCCCCGUCGUACUUAAACAUUUUCUUAGAAUAUAUUUAUUGGACAUGUGAAUUGUGUUUAUUUCAGUAGAUUUGGAACAUGGAGAAAAAUUGUGAUGUACUCCCUCCGUUCCGAAAUAUAGGUCGCUGGCGACCUUGUUCCGUCCAGGUGAAAUCGUGCAAAAGGACUCUACUACCCCCAGUUUAAACAUGAAUCCUGCUUCGUCUUCUACCUUCAGCCCUCCAGCUCCGCCCUCGCCCUCCAGCUCCACCUCCGCCCUCACCUUGCCCCCACAUCCGGUGAAUGCGCCUAGGUCCAGCCGUCCAGGCGCCCCCACCUCCGGCGACUGCGCCCAGGUCUAGGCGCCUCCACCUCCAGCCCAGGCGCUCCUCCUCUCCCACGUCCAGGAGCUCCUCCUGGCCCGUGCACGCCCAGGUGGAGGCUCUUCCUCAAGCUGUUGCUGGGCUCGGCAGCUGCCAGGUUCAUCUCCUCAACCUGAGAUGUUGCCUGCAUUUGAUUCAGGAGAUGUUUGCUGCCGAUAAUUCAACAAAUAAUGUGAACAAGUUAACUGAAUCUGACAGUACUGAUGGAGUAUAAUUUAUAGAUAUCACUAAAUUUGAACUGAUAAUUUGAAGACAAGAGCACUCCCUCAGUAUCACAAUUCAGAGAUACUCCAGUGGUUCAAUAGAUGUACUGAUGGAAUAUUUGCUGCCAAUAAUUCAAGACAAGAGUAAUUCAAGAUAUUUGUUGCCAAUGAUUCAAGUGAUACUUCAUCAGUAUUUGUUCAAAUUAUUGUACGGUGUACAGACUUGCUACUGAAUUUGGCAGAAUUUUCAGUGCAAAAUACUCCCUGUAAAACUGUAUAUCAAUACUCCCAAAUGCCAAAAUUCAGAAUGUGUGUAUACAGAAGAAUGCCAAAAUGCCAAAAUGGAGUAUAUAAAUAUGCCAAUAUGAUAAGAGUAGAAGAAUGCCAAAUGUGUGUAUACAGAAAGAAUGCCAAAUGGGGUAAAACUGUAGGUCUUGAUUCCUUUUCAAAAUUUUAGAAAGAUACUCCAACAAUUUGCAUCACACUGGAGUACUUACUUUGCUUAAGAGGAAAGGAGACCCCUGUUUCAUGCUUAAUAUUCACAGCCCAUGGCUCCAAGGCCAGGAGAGAACCUGAAGCUACCAGUGCGCGUGCUCCAAGUGCAAACAAGUGCAAGCAAGAAGAGUAGUGCACUACUGAUGCAAGCAAGCAGUAUACACCAAGUUUUAAUUAACUGAAAAGGUUUCAGUUAAUUACUCAAACAAGAGCAGUGCACUACUCUACUCCAGGAACUCCAGGAAAUUGACAAGGGUAGCAAGUUAACAGGAAAUUGACAGUAGGGCUACUACAGGAACUCCAGAAACUUGACAGUAAACUUGCACAUUCUUUACUUUAAGUGGUGUACUCCUAAAUCAGCUUGCAUCAGCUACUGCAAUACUUUAACGAGUACAAAUACUGAAUUUUGAGACAGUACAAAUCUUACUGAAUUUCAGAGCUCAAGUACAGUACAAAUCUUACUGAAUUUUGAGACAGUACAAAUUUCAGAGUUCAGAGUUCAAAUACUCCAUCCAUUAGCUUCAGAGUUCAGAGUACAGUACAAAUCUUACUGAAUUUCAGAGGUGGACUUCUUAAAUUUUGAGACAGUACACAUCUUACUGAAUUUUACUCCUAAUGCAUCCACUAACUAAUCUGGGUAUGAUCCACUAACUAAUCCUACUCCAUCCAGCCUCACUAACGCAUCCACUAACUAAUCCUACUCCAUCAUCCAUCCAGCCUCUGGAGUACAGUCAAGCUGAAGUACAAGAAGAAUCCAUUCAUUACAGCAAGCUCAAGCAUCAACAAACCUCACGG